AUGGCCCUGGGUCCUCUCUUCCUGGACACUUCAGGGAUCUGGUGGCAGGACCCGCCGUCCCUGGCAGCGGUGGAGGCGUCCUGGGACGUGACAGAGAUGGCAGCUCUGCGGAAGGCUGCAGACGACAACUCGGACCUGAGCCAUCUGGAGAGGGACAGGGCGGAGGAGCUGGCUGUGCCGGACCCAGAGCUGGAGGCCAUCAAAGCCCGAGUGCGAGAGAUGGAGAAAGAGGAUGAGAGGCUGAAGGAGUUGCAGCUGGAAGCUGAGAGCCGCCUCAUCGUGAGCUCGGAGGCAGGUCUCUUCCCAAAGACAACCCAGGAGAAGAUGGAGGUUGACCAGCGAUCCAUCUACGUGGGCAAUGUGGACUAUGGGGGCACGGCGGAAGAGCUGGAGUCUCACUUCAACAGCUGUGGGCAGAUCAACCGAGUGACCAUCCUCUGCGACAAGUUCUCGGGGCAUCCUAAAGGGUACGCCUACAUCGAGUUUGAAGAGAAGAGCUCCGUGAAGGCUGCGGUGGAGCUGGACGAGAGUGUGUUCAGAGGCCGUGUCAUUAAGGUGCUGCCCAAGAGGACCAACAUGCCGGGCAUCAGCACUACUGACCGUGGGGGCUACCGGGGCCGAUUCCAAGCCCGGGGAGGGCUGGCCCAGCGGGGAGGCUACUACGGAGGGCAGCACCCGAGGGUGCGAGGGAGGACAUACAGGGGUCGGGCAAGGCUGCUGCCUUGGUAUUUUCCAUACUAG